AUGAUUAAUAUUAAGACUGACUUUGAGGGUCCCUGUGUAAGAAUUUCCAGAACAAACAUCUCCGGAUCACUGUAUUUACAACGUGAGACCCAGGAGGACAAGCUGAAGAGGGAGGCAUCAGCUGGUGAGCUUGAGAUGUUUAAAGAGAUGAUGAAACAACUAAAGGAUAGAAACAUUCAACUAGAGGCUCUGAGAAAGAACCUGCAGGACAAGAACAGCCAAGUAGAGAACUUCAGAGUCCUACUGCAGGAAAAAGACCUUCAACUAGAGGACAGGAACCACAGACUGGGAGAGAAGGACAGACUACUGGAAGAGAGAGACAAACAACUGGAAGAGAGAGACAAACUACUGGAGGGAAAAGAAAACAAACUAAAAGAGAGGAGACAGGAAGUAGAAGAGAGGAGACAGGAAGUAGAAGAGAAAGACAACCUACUAGAGGAGAGAGAGAACCAGUUAAAAGAAAGAGACAAACAGGUGGAGGAUGUCAACAAUGAAAAUGCUGAACUGGCUCAACAGAUAUGUGAUGUGAAGACUGAGGUAGAGAGACUGAGAAGAGAGAUCUCAGCCCAGAUGACUGAACAUGGAGAGCUGUCAGAAACAGGUUCCAUCCUCCCAGUCAGGAGGAGAGACAGCAAGGACCUUCCUCCAUCCAUGGGAGGAGAGACCUCAGAUACAGACCCCACACUUCCACUGAGGAGGAGACACAGCAUGGAGUUACCUCAUCCAUAUAUGGGAGGAGAGAGCAGCAGUCCAGACUCCCCAGUGUCUCCCAGUGUGUCUGAACUGAGACUGGUGCUGCUGGGGAGGACUGAGGCUGGGAGGGGUGCAGCAGGAAACACCAUCCUGGGCAGAGAGGAGUUUGGGGCCCAGGCCAGCCCCUCUGCAGUGACCCAGAGGAGUAAGAGGAGAGAGGGGGACGUGUGUGGGAGACGGCUGGUGCUGGUGGACACUCCAGACUGGUUCUGUCCUGGACUCUCUCUGGAGGAGAUGAGACAGGAUGUGGGGCUCUGUGUCCGUCUGUCUGCCCCGGGACCCCACGCCUUCCUCCUGGUCAUACCAGUGGAGCCCUCUAAGGGGGAGGAGAGAGGGGUGCUGGAGAGAAUAGAGGAGAUGUUUGGGGAGGGUUGUUGGGAACACACUGUGAUUCUAUUCACCCAUGAUGAUGGACUGAAAGAGCAGAGCAUUGAGGAGUUUCUCCAAGCAGGAAGUCAGGACCUCCAGCAGCUUGUAGAGAAAAGUGGGAGCAGGUACCACGUCCUCAACAUUAAGGACAGGGCCCAUGGCACUCAGGUAUCAGAGCUGCUGGAUCAGGUAGAGGAGAUGGUGGCAGGAAACAGAGAGAGAUUCUACAGCAGUCAGACCUACCAGGAGGCAGAGGACCAGGUUAGAGAGAUGGAGGGAAAGAUCCAGAGAGAGAGAGGAGAGAGGAAACAGAGGGAGGAGAGAGACUUGAGAGAGAGGCUUCAGAAGGAGUUGCAGGAUUCUCUGAUAAAGAUGGAGGGAGUGAUCCAGGAACAUGAGGGAGAUAUCAGAACACUCAGUGAAAGAACCAGUGAACUGGAGAGACAGGUGAAAGAAGAGAGGGAUGAGGAGAAGAAAAGAGAGCUGGAGAGGGAGCUGAAGAGGGAGUCUGAUAGGAGGGAGGAGAUGGAGAGAAAGCUGGAGAGAUUUAGAGAGAAGAGAGAGAAUGAGAGGAGGGAGAUGGAGGAGAGACACAGACAGGAGAUGGAGAACUAUGAAGGAGAUGCCAGAGUUGAAGCAGAGAGAAACCUGAUGAAGAUAGUCCUGCCUGAGUUACAGAGGAACAUCAUGAUCUCACAGACAAAGAUACAGAGGGAGUUCAGCAGACAGAUGGAGGAGAAGAAUAGACAGAUGAAGGAGAAGGAUAGAGUGAUUGUGGAAAGGGAUGGAGAGAUAGAGGGACUGAUAGAAAGACUGUGGGAAAUGUGUAAAUGAGUUAUUGUAACUAGCCUGAAGAAGUGCUGGGAUACAUGGAGAUGUAGAAGAAGAGAGAGGAAGAAGACAGGGAGAACUGAUGAAGAUCUGAGGAAUGUUUGGGCAGAUGUAACCUAGUUCACCAUUUCACUGAAUUGGCCUGACAACGAGGUUAGAGAUGAGAUUACUUUUUCAUGGAGGGAUUGGAGAAGCUAGAGAUAAUAACAUUAUAUUUAUCUGACAAUGUAAGAACUACCUGAUAGUCUGUCCUGUGAUGAGUGUCAUGGUGGGAAAACAGGUCAGAAUACUGUCUGAUCCUGUCUAGAACAACCUGAUAGUCUGUCCUGUGAUGAGUGUCAUGGAGGGAAAACAGGUCAGAAUACUGAUCCUGUCUAGAACAACCUGAUAGUCUGUCCUGUGAUGAGUGUCAUGGAGGGAAAACAGGUCAGAAUACUGAUCCUGUCUAGAACAACCUGAUAGUCUGUCCUGUGAUGAGUGUCAUGGAGGGAAAACAG